ACCGGAAAAGCACUGUUAGCAAUAGCAUUUGGCUAAAAACACAGGAUCCUGGUCCGCUAGGGAACUGAUCAGAAAUCGUCUCAAUCGGAUAUUUAUAUCGAUUAAAGUCGAAUGAUCGAGAAAACACGCGAUGGAUGACAGCAAGAUAAUGGCUGGUAAAGUGAAGAAGCCGGGCAAACGCGGCCGCAAACCUGCCAAGAUCGACCUGAAGGCCAAGCUGGAGCGCAGCAGGCAGAGCGCCCGAGAGUGUCGAGCCCGCAAGAAGCUGCGAUACCAGUACCUGGAGGAGCUGGUGUCCAGUAAAGAGAGAGCCAUCUGUGCCCUGAGGGAGGAGCUGGACAUGUAUAAGCAGUGGUGUCUGGCCAUGGAUCAGGGGAAGAUUCCUUCAGAAAUCAAGGCUCUUCUGACGGGAGACGAGCAGAAGACGCCUCAGAGCUCUAGCAACAAGACGGCCAAGAACGGCAAAUACAGCUCCAGCAGCGGCAUCUAGAGACGCACAGGAGUGUGUUCAUCUUCAUGUCAGAAAACACACACACACACACACACACACACACACACACUCAUUACUGCUCAGCUCUCGUCAUUCCUCCACAGGUGUGUGUGUGUUCAGAGAUGCUGAUGUUCUCCGUCAUUUAGAAACACUAUUUAUUUAUUCUGCUGCAGAUCUGAGGCUCUCAGACGCUGUCGUUUAUACUAGCGCUGGGCUAACAGUCGUCGCCGUCUAUAGCACGUAUGAAAAUAAAAGCUUGUUUUACAGAAAUGUGAAUUAAAUGCAUGCUUAUGCGUCACAAAAGGUUUAUUUAGAUAGAUGAUACAAAUUAUAUACACAUUUAAAUGUUUUUCUAUAGAUUUGUUUCUAUCACACAGUCUCUACAUAAUAAACACACACACACACACACACACACACACACACACACACACACACACACACACACACACACACACACACACACUUAUUAUGUUUAAUCAUCUUGUAUUGUGGAUGUGAUUGAUCGUGUUUUCUCCUCAGUAACUUCACCUUUAGUUUGAGCUGAGUUUUCGGACUCCAGGCGGUGAGUUGGUUUUGAUCAGGUUUCGUCGUCACGGUAACUUAAGGACCAAUCAGCUGGGAGUAAAUGAUGUAACUCUGCAGUAAAGCCCCUCCCCCGUCCUGCGUCUUUCCUCCAAAAUUAAAGUCUUUCUCCACUUCAGCCAUUUGUUGCUAAUUAUUCCUUUAUAUUGUGUGGAUUAUAAUUAUCAUUUCAAAUGGUCAAUAAUACAGCUAAUACAUAUAGCAUUAUGUAAAGAUGAACAUAUAAAGCAGCUUCAAUAUUCUUCAGAAACAUCUGCUUGAGUUAGCCUGUGCGAUAUAAUAAUGUUUUCAUUAAGUUACCUUCUCAACCCUCUAUAAACAGCAGUGGAUUGAGCUCUAAACUCAGAGUUAGCAGAGAACACUUGUAUAAAGCGCCCUGAUCAGGACCAGUUUGCAUUUCUCUGGAUUUGUCAGCCCAAAUGUACUCUCUAACCCAGUUGUGUUGAACUGGUCAGUAAUAUAAUCCAUCAGAGUAGUGGAUCUCGCUGGCUCUCUCUCCACUCUCUGCACUUGAGUGAGUUGAACACACAGCACUUCUCUUUCCUCUUCUUUUGUUUGUUGUUGUUGUAUUUAUUUCUCUGACUGAACUUAACGCACUUUCCUUUAAAGCUCUAGUUUAGGAGCGUUUGGUCGUCUCACUUUAUUUAAGCCAAUAAUAAACGAUAGUUCAACACCGAUGAGUACUGAUCUCAGAGAAACGCCAUGAAUAUAAAGCUCACACACACACACACACACACACACACACACACACACACACAUGAAUGAUCUGUAAUAUCUCCAGCUGAAUUGUCUAUUUUUGUAUGUGGUGUUUCGAGGUGUCCUCUGUGUGGCUCUGUACAUUAUAAACAGUGGAUCUGAA